AUGAUGGAAGCUGAAACUGUGGGUAAUCUUGUUCAAAAAAUGAUUAUUUCACUUUGUGGAGAACAAAAACCAGAAAUAAUUAGAAAAUGGAUGCGUUUCUGUCUUGGAUUGUUAUCAUCAACACAAGGAGUAGAAACACUACACGAGGAUGAAAUUACUGUUGGAAGUCAAAUAAAGGAAAAAUUGUCUAUAUGUGAUGCAGCACAGUUUGACAAAUUGUACAAUGAGUUAAGAUGUGGGCCAUUAAAAAACAGAACGCAGGUUCUAAUAUUUUUAUUAAACAUGUGUCAAUCAGCUGAGCAAUUAAGAGAUAGAGUUUUUUCGGCACCUGAUUUAAGAUUAGGUUUGUGCUCAUCUUCUGCAUCCUCUAGUGGACAGUCAUCUGAAAUUUGUGCACCACCACAAAUUAUGUCUCUAAGUAACACAGAAAAAAAUACAAGAGAUCUUUUAACAAGUUCUAAUAAGAUAUAUGGAGAAGAAUAUAUUUCAGAAGAUAUAUUAGUUCAAGAUCUUAUAUAUUCAUUUCAAGGUAUUGAAGGAAAAAUACUAAAAUUAGAUUCAAAUUAUGGUUUCCAAAUAGAUCCAAUGAUAAGUAUUGAUAGACCACAGAAGCAAGCUACAUUGCGAUUAAGUGAACUUGGAUAUUUACAUAACAUAGUACAAAAAGGUUUAGAAAGAAUGUCAGCUGCUACAAGUGGCCAAGUAGCUGAUAGUUUUGUUGCAGCAUUACAUUCUGAGUUAUCUGAAUAUUACAGAUUUAUAGCCCUUAUUCAAGAAGAAGUAAACAGAGUCCAAUCUGAACCAGGAUCAUACAGAGUUACAUUAUCCCAUUUGCAUCUUUGGGCAUAUGAUCCUUUAGAAACAUUAAAAUGGUUAGCAAGUAUAGUAAAAGCUUGUCAAGGACAAAAAGGUGGUGCAUUAGCUUCUGCAGUGUAUGAAUUUAGUAACUAUGGUGAUGCUAGUGUAAAAAAAUUGGUUAAAAGAAUUUUGCAAAGUGUUUGCGAUCCUCUAUAUAAUAUGUUGAUAAGAUGGAUUGCAGAUGGUGAAUUAGAUGAUCCAUAUAGAGAAUUUUUUAUUGAAGCUUGUGCUGAUAUUACUGGAGAUAGAAUGUGGCAUGAGAAAUAUCAGGUUCGCAAUAAUAUGCUACCAUCUUUUAUCACGAAGAUGCAAGCUAAACAAAUUUUAGGAACAGGAAAGAAUAUUAAUUUCUUGCGUGAAGUGUGCAAAGAUUUUACUCCAUGGCAAGGGAAACAUACAAAAAUGUUUAAAAAUUUCAGUGAGGAAUAUAAGGUUGACGUUCUUUUUGAUAUGGACCCUGACGGCCGAUUACAAACAAUGAUGGAUACAGCUUACAAAGAAACUUCAACUAGAGUAGUUGAAAUUUUAACUAAACAAUAUCAUCUCAUGGAACAUUUACAUGCAAUUAAGGGUUAUCUAUUAUUAGGACAAGGAAACUUUAUUCAACAUCUUAUGCAUUUAUUAGAAUCAGAAUUAGAUAAACCAGCCAGUUCUUUAUAUCCACAUAAUAUAUCUUCUAUUUUGGAGACGGGAAUAAGAGCGACUACUACAAAGAUAGAUGACUUAGAUGUGCAUAGGCGACUUGAUGUAAGAUUAUUAGCACCUUCAGAAAAUGAAAAAGGAUGGGAUGUCUUUAUUCUCGACUAUAAUGUAGGAGGUCCUAUUGGAACGAUUUUAGAACCUUGCAGGCAAAUAUAUCAAACUGUAUUUUUUGCUUUAUGGAGAGCAAAGCAUAUGGAAUCUAUACUAUCUGCAAUUUGGAAACGUCAAACAACUUCAGCAAAGAUGUUUCGUAAAAUGCCUGAAGUAUUACCAAUUCAAACUCAUAUUCAUUUAAUUACAAGUAGUAUGGUACAUUUGGUUCACCAAAUGCAGUAUUUCUUCUUAUUUGAGGUAAUUGAAUGUUCAUGGGAUGCAUUUGCAAAACAAUUGGCACAAGCAGCAUCAUUAGAUGACAUAAUUACAGCACAUACUCAUUUUAUAGAUGCUGUAAGACGUGGUACAUUAUUAGAUGAAAAAUCACAGGAACUUAUGGAUCACUUACGCUCCGUAUAUGGUCCAAUUUUAGAUUUACAAAAUCUUGAAGAAACAUUUCUUGCGCGUGCAACUCAUGAGUACGAAAUCCGAUCGAAGGAUAAUCAUUUAUUAGAUGUAACUAUUGUGACAUCAAAUCGAUUAGACUUUUCGAAAAACAAUGAUGCAGAAAUUACCAAACGUCAAGCUGCAUUUUCUAAAUAUUUAAAUACACUCUCAAUUCAACUUAGAUUACUUUCAAGGACAUACCAGGACAGAGUAAAAAAAUUUCUUAUAAUGCUUGCGUCAGCGGAAGAUGUAUCUCUACAAUUAUUGAGUGUACGAUUAGAUUUUAAUGAGUAUUAUAAAAGUAAAGAUAGUCGCCUUGUUGUACCAUUAACAUACUUACAUCGUAGACAAAGUGAUCAAAGUUAUCUUAGUUGUAAGUAACAAGCACA